AUGUUCAGGAACGCUCUCCGACAGUCCAGCCGGACGGUGGGCGCAAUCUCUGCAUCCGGCAGAGUCGCAGCGGGACGAACCGCCGCGCCAGCAGCCUUCAACGCAGCAUCGAAGCAGGCCCGAAGCUACGCAUCCGAGUCGAAAGCCUCCCCAACAGAAGUCUCGUCGAUCCUCGAGCAGAGAAUUAGGGGUGUUAAGGAUGAGGCCGGUCUCGCCGAGACUGGACGUGUCCUGUCUGUUGGUGAUGGUAUCGCUCGUGUCCAUGGUAUGGCCAAUGUUCAAGCCGAGGAGCUUGUCGAAUUCGCAUCCGGUGUCAAGGGGAUGUGCAUGAACUUGGAAGCUGGUCAAGUUGGUGUUGUGCUUUUCGGUUCCGAUCGUCUGGUCAAGGAGGGUGAGACUGUUAAGCGUACCGGAGAGAUUGUCGAUGUCCCAGUUGGACCUGAAAUGUUGGGCCGUGUCGUCGAUGCUUUAGGAAACCCAAUUGACGGAAAGGGACCAAUCAAGACCACCGAGAGGCGUCGUGCUCAAUUGAAGGCACCCGGUAUUCUUCCUCGACGAUCUGUCAACCAGCCCGUACAGACUGGUCUCAAGUCUGUUGACGCAAUGGUGCCAAUUGGACGUGGUCAGCGAGAAUUGAUCAUUGGUGAUCGUCAAACCGGAAAGACCGCCGUCGCCCUCGACGCCAUUCUCAACCAGAAGAGAUGGAAUGACGGAAACGACGAGACCAAGAAGCUCUACUGUGUUUACGUUGCUGUUGGACAAAAGCGAUCAACCGUUGCCCAGUUGGUUAAGACCCUCGAGGAGAACGACGCCAUGAAGUACUGUGUCAUCGUCGCCGCCACUGCUUCUGAGGCAGCUCCAUUACAAUAUGUGGCGCCCUUCACCGGGACAUCAAUCGGCGAGUGGUUCAGAGACAAUGGUAAGCACGCCUUGAUCGUCUUCGACGAUCUUUCCAAACAGGCCGUCGCAUAUCGUCAAAUGUCUCUCCUUCUCCGUCGCCCACCAGGACGUGAGGCUUACCCAGGAGACGUCUUUUAUCUCCAUUCUCGACUUUUGGAGCGUGCCGCCAAGAUGUCCGACAAGCACGGUGGUGGUUCCUUGACUGCUCUUCCUCUCAUUGAGACCCAGGGUGGUGAUGUGUCCGCUUAUAUCCCAACCAACGUCAUUUCAAUUACUGAUGGACAAAUUUUCUUGGAGGCCGAACUGUUCUACAAGGGUGUUCGCCCAGCUAUCAACGUCGGUCUCUCUGUCUCCCGUGUCGGAUCUGCUGCCCAACUUAAGGCCAUGAAGCAAGUUGCUGGUUCCCUGAAGCUUUUCUUGGCUCAAUACCGUGAGGUCGCAGCUUUCGCUCAAUUCGGUUCCGAUUUGGAUGCCGCUACAAAACAGACUCUUAACCGUGGUGAACGUUUGACCGAGCUCCUUAAGCAGAAGCAAUACUCACCUAUGGCUGUCAACGAGAUGGUUCCUCUUAUCUAUGCUGGUGUUAAUGGACACUUGGACACUGUGCCAGUAGACAAGAUUUUGACAUGGGAAGCUGAUUUCAUCUCACACUUGAGGACAAACGAAUCCGAUCUGCUGGCCACGAUUGACAAGGAGGGUGCGUUGAGCAAGGAUCUCGAGGCGAAAUUGAAGGAUGUUGUCGUGUCUUUCACCAAGAGCUUCACAUAA